AUGAAAGAGUUGGCGUGCGACAAGAAGAUCUUUCAGCAGAACGAAAUGCACACGGCUACCCGACCCCAAUGCAGAUAUACGCCACGAUACCGAGCGAUUCUACCUACAAUCCUGAUCCUGCUAUGCAUACCGAUCUUUUUCUACCAACUAGUUCCAAAAUACACCCACGCUACGGACUACUUCUUAUCGUCUCUCUCACACACGCUUCGCCCACAAACGACGAGUGCCUUUUGCACAAAAGAAGUCGGAACGCCGCACUGCUGUGCCGUAUACCUCGCCGCGGCACCCUGCCUCGACGAAUGCAGGAAACAACACGUGGACAGCGAAACUCUCUCUGUAACAGCACAAUAUGAAAGCUGCGCAGACGAAUGCUUGGUCGAAUACCAAGAGACAUGCAAGAAGGCGCAACAUCCACGAACAUCCCUCAAGUCGUCACAACAUGAUUGA